AUGACAAAUAUUCGAACAAAUCAACAGACAACAACAACAUCAAUUCAAGAGACAACAAUCAAGAAAAACUUUCAUAUUAAAUAUCAGAAUACAAUCUUUAUUCAUUGGGUACAUGAAACAAGAUUAACAGGAUUAAAACGAUCGAUCCAUGAGAUUCAUAAUGAUAUUUUUAAAUCUACAGAACAUAGCAAUAUUCGGUUAGUUGUUGGUGAUCAAAAUAAUCCUAAUCUAGAUUUUGAAUUAACUCGUAAACGUCCAUGCGGAUCAUUAUUAAAGGAUCCAUUACGAAUAGAAUCAACAUCCAAUCGAUUGCGUCCUCUUCUAUCCUUACUGUCUAUAAUUAAAAUAGAUAUGAAGAAAUCUACAAAUGGUCAGCAUAUUCGAAAACAAAAACAUCAAGUCAAAAAGAAAUAUCGUCAUAGAAAAACAAUAUCAGAUGAAUUAGUUCGACAAUUUCAGCAAAAUAAUAGCAUUUUAUUGGUUGGAGAGAAAACAUUAUCCAUGACAAAGAAGAAGAAGAAGUAUCUUCCAUUAUAUACUAAAUCAAAUAUAGAUCCCACGGUCUUCUUAUCAAACUAUUCAUUACUUUCAAAUGAAGAUUUUGAAAAAAUGUUAUUAACAACAGCAACCACAUUAGAUAUAGAAAUAACAUCAUUCGGAUCGUUAUUAAAGAUUGAAGAAGUGUUGACAUUUAUACGUCAUUUAACUCAAUUAAUCAAUACAUCAUACUAUUUACAAAUCCAGAAUGAACAAUGGAAAUAUUAUUAUGAUCUUGGUAUGAAAGAAUGUAUCUGGACCGGAAGAGUAUCGAAGAAUAUGGCAGCUAGUAAUUCCAUGUCAAACAGUUAUGGUCGUUCAAAAGUAUUAAUUGAACAACGUCAAAAAAAAUACCAAAAUGAUCUCAUUAAAAUUAAUAAUGAUAGUGAUGAAUAUAUGACAAAAAUGCCUGAUAUUCUUAUGAAUUCAAUUGAUCAAAUUAAGAACAUCAUCAAUCAUGUUAUCCAUCAAGAUCUAUAUCAAUUACGUAUGGAAAUUGAACGACGUAAAACUAUUCUAAAAUUUGAUGCUUAUGAUCAUCAAUUGGUUCAAAAAUUUUACAACUUAAAACCAAGACAAACUGAAAUACAUUCUGCCAGAAUUAUUUGGAAAACUAUUGCUGACGAAUAUAAACUUCGAUAUGAGACAGAUUUAUUCAAAAAUUGGUUAACAGCAUCAAAAUCUUCUACAGGAACAUUGCAUACAAUUCAAGAUCUUGGACUAACUAAAAUCUAUACUAUAUUUACACACCUUAUUUUAAAUCAACAAUACUCAUCCAUAGCACAUUCAACUACUCCUAUCAAACAGUUCAUAGAAAAUACAAUACGAGAAACAAUCUCUAAGGUCGAAGCAUACCUUGAUCAAUACGCUAAGAAAGUACUGGAUGAAAAACAAAAAAUUUUAAACAAUCGAGAAAAAUUUAAAAAACUACCAAGUGUCGAUACAGUUAUGGAUAUCAUUGAAAAGCGUCAAUUAAAUAUGGUUCAAUGUGCUCAAUUUCGUAUUGAACAAACAUCAAAAAUCUUAUUUCCAACAAAUAUCCAUAAACAAUAA